AUGGGAGAUAACACCCUCUUCUUCUACGGGACCCUAAUGGCCCCGCAAAUUCUCCACCGAGUUAUUCACGGCCGAGCAGACCCAGAGCCCUGGCAAAAAGCCAUGCUAAGCUUCCAGCCCGCAAUUCUACACGGCUACCGACGCCAUCGCGUGCGGGGUGUCUCUUACCCAGGAAUAGUACCAGUGGUGGACACAGAUAAAGAGACGGGAGGCCAAAGCUCCGUCCUGGGAAUCCUUGUGUCAGGUCUCACAGAAGGCGAUAUCUACCGCCUGGACAAGUUCGAAGGAGAUGAAUAUAUCCAUCGAAAAGUCACAGUGCGGACCUUGCGCAUGGGCAAGGAUGCAAAAGCCGGCGAGACCAAAGUUACUGCUUCCAACGAUGGCGAUGAAGAUAAUUUGAAGGAUGCUCUUGAUGCGGCUGCUGAGAAUACAUCUACGGCUGAAGGAGAGGAAGUGGAUGCUACAACCUACGAGUGGAUUGCAGGCAUGGAUCGACUUGAAGAGGCUGAGUGGGAUUUUGAGACAUUUAAGAAGGAGAAGAUGGCUUGGUGGGUUGGGGCCGAUGAGAGUGAGUGGUAG